AUGGCCAAACUAGUGCAUAAUGUGCAGAAGAAGCAACACAGGGAACGUGCUCAACCAGGAGACAGAAAAAAAUAUGGUUUGCUAGAGAAGAAGAAGGAUUAUCAAUUACGUGCGAGAGAUUAUCAUCAAAAACAAGCCACUUUGAAAUCAUUGAAGCAAAAAGUACAAGCCAGAAACCCAGAUGAAUAUUAUCAUGCUAUGACAAAUAAGAAGACCGACAGUAGGGGUAUUCUCAUAUCUGAAAGAGAUACAGAAGCCUUAAGUACGGGUCAAGUGAAGUUACUAAAGACACAAGAUUCAAGUUAUAUAAAGACUUUGAGAAAUGAAGAGGCUAAAAAAAUUGAAAGAUUGGAGAAAACUUUGAAUUUUAAGAGUAGUGGGAAACAUACAGUUUUUGUACAAGAUGAAAUUGCUAAAAAGGAAUUUGAUCCUGUGAAAUUUUUCCAAACUGAUAGAAAUUUAUUGAAUGCUAGAGAAAAUAGAUUAAGAUUAGAUCAAUUACAAACUGACCAAAGUCUGGUACCAAGACUAGAUGAAGAUGCUAUGCCUAAGGAAUCUUUAGAUAAAAAGAGAAUAAAGAAAUUUUCGCAAUUGAAGGCACAUCUUGAAAGACAAAAAGAAUUGAAAGAAGUUGAAGAAAGAAUGGAUAUUCAAAGAGAAGGUAUGAAGAAUGGUAACAAAAAGAAAGUUGUUGAUGCUAUUGGAAGAACAACUUACAAAUUCAAGAAAGAACGUAAGCGUUAA